AUGUAUUAGUCCACUUAUACUUAGUGGAGCGAAUAAUUUGAUAUUUAUGAUAUACCAGGUAAAGGUAAAUUUUCUAGAAUGACAAUAUAUUAAUGUGGAAGUUACCAUAGUUUAGGUAAUUACACCAUUAGAAAUUGCUUUAAUUAUCUUUGGAAUAUGAUCUCUAUUUUAAUCUUAGUGAAAGGCACUAAUUAUACUGACAAUAAAAUAGACUUUUAUAAUAAAUUAUUGAAAUACAGAAUCAUUUCUAAAAAAUCAGAGGCAAUAUUUGGAGGAAUUUUAAUGAAAAAUUUGAUCAACCAGAUUACAAUUUUGGAGCUAAAUAAACAUUUAACCUUACCUAACGAGUGUUUUAUAAUAAAAAAAUUAUUCUGUUAGGUAUCUUAUAGAUUUAAUGAGCUUCUCAUUUGA